AUGAUUGUGGUAGUUCUCAUUUUUAUAGCUUCAGCAAUUUCUUUUUUGUGGCUAUUUUUUAAAAUAAAAUUUAAUUAUUUUAAAAACCUUGGUAUUCCUCACAAGCAGCCACGAAUUCCUUUUGGAAAUAUGCAAGGAUUUAAGAGAAAGCUACACUCUUCACAUUUUUUUAGAAAUUUAUUUGAAGAAUUUAAAGGAACGAAUCAAUUGUGUGGAAUAUACCUAUUUACAAAACCUUCAUAUCUAAUUAUCGAUUUGGAACUGGUUAAAUCGAUUUUAGUAAAAGAUUUUGCUUAUUUUCAUGACCGAGGGAUGUAUUAUAACUUAAAAGAUGACCCACUUUCUGGACAUCUUUUGAAUUUGGAAGGAGAAAAAUGGAAGAAGCUGAGGGAAAAACUAACGCCGACAUUUACUUCUGGUAAAAUGCGGUACAUGUUCCCAACAAUAAUUGAUGUGGCAGAAAAAUUCGAAUCUUUUAUGAAUGCCUCAAUCGCAGAAAAUAAUGAACCAGAAAUUAAAGGAAUUUUGACUAGAUUUACUACAAAUAUUAUCGGAUCUUGUGCUUUUGGCAUUGAUUGCAAUACAUUCGAAGAUAAAGAUUCUAAAUUUCUUGAAAUGGGUUUAAAAGCUUUUGAACAGCCACGAAAUACCUUCUUGAAGCAAAUGUUAGCAAUCACAUUUCCUGAUUUGGCUAGGAAAUUAGGUAUUAAAAUUGUGCGAGAUGAUGUUGCUGAUUUUUUUAUGAAAAUUGUCAAAGACGUAGUCGAAUAUCGUGAAAGUAAGAACAUUAAACGAAAUGAUUUCAUGGAUUUAUUACUGCAGCUUAAACAUGAAGGAAAGAUGUCGUUUGAAGAAAUUGCAGCACAAGCAUUCGUUUUUUUCUUGGCUGGGUUUGAAACGUCAUCUACAACGAUGACUUUUGCAUUACAUGAGCUGAGCUUAAAUCAAAAAAUUCAAGAGGAAGUAAGAGAAAAUAUAAAUAAAGUACUUCAAAAGCACAAUGGAAAGAUCUCUUAUGAAGCUCUGUCAGAAAUGGAUGUGCUUGAACGAUGUAUUAAUGAGUCACUGAGAAAGUUUCCACCAGCAGCAAGCUUAAUUCGUACUGUAACCAAAGACUAUAAUGUUCCGAACUCAAAUAUAACUCUACAAAAAGGAUCAUCUGUUUUUAUAUCGGUAUAUGGGAUACAUCAUGACCCUGAAAUUUAUGAGAAUCCUGAAGCAUUUAAUCCUGACCGGUUUCUGCAAGAAAAAAUAAAGCAGCGGCACUUAAUGUCAUUUUUACCUUUUGGACAAGGAAAUAGGAUAUGCAUAGGUGAGCGAUUCGGUUACAUCGAGACCAAAGUUGGUCUAGCUACUUUACUCUCAAAGUUUAUAUUUGAACCAUCCUCAAAAACUAAAACACCAAUCGAGUUCUCAAAGAAAAAUAUGAUUUUAACAACGGAUGGAGGGAUGUUCCUCAAAAUAAAAAAAAUACAGAUUUGA